AUGUCUUCUUCAUUAUCUACAGAUUUCGUUCGUCAGUUGCUUGAGAAAAUCAUAGCCCGGAUCGAGUUGUCGAAGUCUCAACUAUUACAAUUACCAUGGGGGACUUACCUGGCGCCUCGCAAUGUUGCCGUUGCAUCCAUCGCAUAUCUUCUGCUUGUCCGACUCCUUCGAUACCGUCGGCGGGACAAGAUCCACGCCAAAUUUCCGUUUCCUACAAGAGACUCGCUCUCGCGGAUGACGACCCUUCAAGCAUGGGAGAUUAAUAAGAUGCUGGGGGAGUAUGAAUUCCCAUUCAUGGGGCAGAAAGCGUUGCAGUUUGCGCUGUUCAGGACAUAUGGAAUCCCAACAAUAAGCAAACUACUCGUAGAUACUAAGCAGCUUUCCGACGUCUCGUUAGCAUCAAAGCAGCGAUACGCUGAUACGGAGGUCUUGAUCGGCGAGUUUGUUAUAAAUCCGCCUGAUUCCGAGAGAACCAUCAAUGCUAUCUCCAGGAUGAACUACCUUCAUUCGGGCUACCGAAAGUCAGGAAAAAUCAGCAACGAUGAUCUGCUAUAUACGCUCAGCUUGUUUGCACUGGAACCAAUCAAAUUCGUCGGCAUGUACGAAUGGAGAGGAAACUCGGAAUUGGAGAAGUGCGCAGUGGGUGUGUUCUGGAAAGCCAUCGGCGAUGCCCAAGGAAUCUCGUUUGAAGCCCUUCGACGCUUUCAUAUGGGAUGGAAAGAUGGCCUGGAAUGGCUGGAAGAUGUCCAGGAAUGGGCCACCAAAUACGAACAGCAACACAUGGUGCCGAGCGAGUACAACAAGAAAACUGCGGAUGAAACCGUGCGCAUUCUUGUGUACGAUGUGCCUGGCCCGCUCAAAUGGAUUGGAAAUCAAUUUGUGAGCUGCUUGAUGGACGAAAAGCUGCGAACUGCCAUGAUGUAUCCUCCGCCUUAUGCACCACUGAAAUUCACCGUCGACACGGGUCUUCUGGUCCGCAAAUAUUUCCUCCGAUACCUCGCUCUCCCGCGAAUCAUCCCUUUCAAGGCCUUCUCGCAACCAGACCCCAAGACCGGCCGCAGCCACAAAGUCCUCUACAUGUCCGAGCCGUGGUACAUCCCCGCCACGUUUGCCAACCGAUGGGGCAUCACCGCAUGGUACAAGUGGACGAUGGGUCUGCCGUACCCGGGCGACCCGAAAUAUGAGCCGGAUGGAUACGAUUUGGAGGAGGUUGGCCCGAAAUUAUUCAGGGGCAAGGGGAAGAAGGAGAUGGAGGAGACCAGGAGAACCUUGACCGAGGCAAGGAGGGGAGGCUGUCCUUUUGCAGUUUGA